AAAAUAAAAACUUGUUACAGCAAAAUGACAAAUACUGAAAAUGAUGCAAGAGAAUUAGAAGUUGAUGAGCGCAGCAAGGACAGAGGUCGGGAUGACCAGAGUAGACAUCAUAAACACAAGCACAAAGAGAAAGACAAGAAAGAGAAGAAAAAACAUAAACAUAGAUCACGUUCCAGGUCACGAGAUAGGAAAGAUCGUAAACGUCAUCGAUCUCGUUCAAGAGAUAGAGAUGAUAAAGAAGGGACAGAAGUUAGAAUGGAAAAGAAAAAGAAGUUGUUGGAAAAUGAAUUGGCAACUGAAGAACUGGAGGAAGGGGAAUGGACAGCCCCUACUAAACGUGAACCUCUGUCACUUGAAGAGAUGAUUGCAAAGAGAAAUGAAGAGAAAAAAGCAUUAGAAAAACCUAAGUUCUUGACAAAAGAGGAGCGGGCUGCAGAAGCAAUAAAAAAGCGCCAGCAGCAAGUGGAAGAAAAAAGAAAGAAAAUUGAGGAGGAAAGAAAUGCUAGAGAAAAAUUACUAAAAGAAGCUGAACGAAGCAGAGAUGAUUAUGACCGUGAUCGAUAUCGUGAUAGGUACAGAAGAGAACGUGAAUAUGAAGAACGUGAAAGAGAGAGGGAUAGAGAUAAGGACAAAACCAAAAAAGAGGGUACGGAAACAAAGGUGGAGCAGGUUGUUCUUACUGGCAGAGAUCGAGAAAAAGAAUUGGAAGCAAUAAAGAAUCGUUAUCUUGGUGUUGCUAAGAAGAAGAAAAAAGUUCGACGUUUAAAUGACAAGAAAUUUGUUUUUGAUUGGGACGCUAGUGAGGAUACAUCACAGGAUUAUAACAAACUGUAUCGGGAAAGACAUGAAGCUCAAUUUUUUGGCAGAGGACAAAAAGCUGGAAUUGAUGUGAAGACGCAAAAGAAAAGUAGCAAAUUUUAUGAACAGUUAAUGGAGAAACGAAGGACAGAGUCAGAAAAAACACAAGAAUUAAAGAACAAAAAGAGACUGUUGGAUAAGGAAGAUAAGUUAGCAUUGAAAGAGAGACAUUGGGCAAAGAAAGAGUUAUCAGAAAUGGCUGACAGAGAUUGGCGUAUUUUUAAGGAAGACUUUAACAUAGCUGCAAAAGGUGGCAAAAUACCGAACCCUAUACGUUACUGGCGAGAAUCUAGUCUUCCGACGGAUAUAUUAGAUGUGAUAUACGAGUUAGGUUACACGGAUCCAACUCCGAUUCAAAGGCAAGCCAUUCCAAUUGGAUUGUUAAACCGCGAUAUUAUUGGCGUGGCUGAAACAGGUAGUGGUAAGACAGCCGCUUUCGUCCUUCCUUUGUUAGUAUGGAUAACUGGACUACCAGAAGCAGACAGAAAUUCUGUUAGUGACAAAGGUCCCUUUGCAAUUAUUCUUGCUCCGACCAGGGAGUUAGCACAACAGAUUGAAGAAGAAACAAACAAAUUCGCGAAAAAGUUGGGUAUCAGGACUGUUGCAGUCAUCGGUGGUCUUUCAAGGGAAGAACAAGGCUUUCAACUUCGUCUAGGUUGCGAGAUUGUUAUCGCAACACCAGGUCGUCUCAUAGAUGUAUUAGAGAAUCGGUACCUAGUAUUGAGUCAGUGUUCUUACGUUGUAAUGGACGAAGCAGAUCGUAUGAUUGACAUGGGCUUUGAGCCCGACGUGCAACGCAUACUUGAAUUUUUACCUGUCACCAAUUUAAAACCCGACACAGACGACGCUGAAAAUCCGGACGUUAUUGCAAAAAACUUGACAUCGAAGGAUAAAUUUCGACAGACUGUUAUGUUCACAGCUACUAUGCCUCCCACGGUUGAACGUUUAGCGCGGUCAUAUUUAAGACGUCCUGCUACUGUACACAUUGGAUCUAUUGGUAAACCGGUUGAUCGAGUGGAACAAAGAGUUUACAUGGUAUCCGAAAACCAAAAGAAGAAGAAGUUAUUGGAAAUUCUCCACUCUGAACUAGAACCUCCUAUUCUUGUGUUCGUCAACCAAAAGAAGGGUGCUGAUGUUUUGGCGAGGUCACUGGAGAAGCAAGGAUUCCGUGCGACAACUCUUCACGGUGGUAAAGGUCAAGAACAGAGAGAGUUCGCGUUGAACAGUCUGAAGGAUGGUUCGAAGGAUAUCUUAGUCGCCACUGAUGUAGCUGGGCGUGGUAUCGAUAUUAAGGAUGUUUCCAUGGUUAUUAACUACGACAUGGCUAAAAAUAUUGAUAGUUACACCCAUCGUAUUGGUCGAACAGGUCGUGCUGGUAAAAGUGGUAUUGCUGUCACCUUCCUCACGCAGGACAAUUCCGAAGUUUUCUAUGAUCUUAAACAGAUGUUGGUAAACAGUUCGGUUAGUUCCUGUCCGAACGAUCUCAUGAACCAUCCGGAAGCUCAACACAAACCUGGGACUGUUUUAACGAAAAAACGUCGCGAAGAGACUAUUUUUGUCUAAACUGUACUUAGCCACAUUUACAGUCGUGUUUUACGUCCAAACGUGUUGCGGGAGAACAUGUUACCGUUAUUUUACGUGUUUAUCGAUACGAUCGAUUCCAAUGCGUGUAAAAGGAAAAAGCAGAUGUAUUAUUUAAAAUCACAAGUAGAGAUCUGA